AUGUGUACGGAAAAGCCUUCAGCCGGUGUCUCAGGCCGGGGACUCGCAGCCCGUGAUGAGGGGCUGGGCUGCCCAGGCGACUCUGGGACGUGGGGUGCCCUCGAGUGGCGUCUGUGGCUCCCCCAGACGCCCCCACACCAGGCUGCGGGUGCCCGACACCAAGCCUCCCAGGGGCGGCCGCCCUUCCUCACACCCUCGCCACAUCCAAAGGAAGAGCCGGUUACACUGCGGCCUGUGUCUGGAAGCAUGGGGAGGCACCGGUGUGCGGGCCCACUCUGGGCAGACGCUCUGCGGGUGAGCACCGUCCUCCCCUCCCGGGAGCCGGGGGGCCAGCGCCCAGACCCCACAGCCACCCUCCGCAAGCCGGCGCGGGUGCUCAGCCCACCCUCCUGCUGGAGAUGCGGGCCGGCCCUGGGCGGCCACCGCUGCUCACAGACGGCUGAGCCCAGGCCGCCUGGCUCCAGUAUCUGCAGCCCCCAGGGGCCCUCGGGAACUUUCGCUCUGCUCCUCACCCUCCAAUUUAUUUCAUUCCCAACAAACUUCCAGUAA